ACGUAUUUCCUUUCCCUGUAGACGUAAAUAAGCACACAAAAAUGUUAGCUGGGUACAUUCUAAAGUACGCAUAGCAAGCUCCUCGUCUCCGUCUCCGGCGAGAGAAACUAGGGUUCCGGCGGCCGCCGGAGGCGGCAAUGGAUGGCGGAGCUCCGGCGGAGCUCCCUACCUGGGCGCGGUGGGAGGUCCCGAUCUGCUUCGUGAUCCUCGCGGCCCCCGCCGCGGCUUCGGCGGCCGCGAUUUCUAGGGUUAGGUUCGACCCCCUCAAACCCCGCGAUCUAUGGAUCCCGAGUUGCAAGAGGAUGAGCCCUCUAUGGCUCCUAGCCCUAAGGGGCCUCGCCCUCUUCGUGUUGUGUUGGUUGCUCCUCGAGAUGGUUCUCCUCGACGGCGCCUUCGCCUUCUACUUCUACACGCAGUGGACCUUUACAUUAGUCAUCAUCUAUUUUCUGAUUGCCACCUUUGUGUCUGCCCGUGGCUGCUGGAGUUAUUCAAAGCAUUUCACUGCACAUGUAGAAAACAGAGGACUUCUUAAAAGGGAUGUUGAAGAGAACAUAGAUUCAACCGUGAAUCCGGAAACCAAUUCAAAUGGAAAAGCUAUCAGAUUUGGAAGCUCUUAUGGGCAAGGAGAUAUAGAGCAAAAGGCUGGAAUAUUGGAAAAUCUCAUGCAAAUCACCUAUCAGACGAGUGCAGGUGCCGUUGUGUUGACAGACAUUGUGUUUUGGGGCCUACUUGUACCAUUUUUGUCGGUCGAACAUUUUAGCCUCGACCUGUUGAUGGGGUGCAUGCACAGCGUGAAUGCUGUGUUCCUCCUCCUCGACACUGCCCUCAAUAGCAUGCCAUUUCCAUGGUUUCGCAUUUCGUAUUUUGUUCUCUGGAGCUGCGUAUAUGUCGCCUUUCAGUGGGUCCUCCAUGCUUGUGGCUUUUCAUGGUGGCCUUAUCCUUUCCUCGAGCUUUCGACCCCUUGGGCGCCGAUGUGGUAUCUGAGCUUGGCAUUGAUACACAUCCCGUGCUUCGGAUUGUACGCAGUGAUUGUAAAAGCCAAAGUAUCAUUUCUCUCUAAGUUCUUCCCCCAAGCCUACAUUAGGCCAUGUUAACUUUGCGGUACGCAUCCGCGUUUCGUCGUGUUACAUUAACUAUAUUAAUUGUGCAGUGAAUUUUUCGCACAUUUAUUUAGAAUUAUUUUGUUGUAUACAUCUUUUCCUUUUGUUUACUUAUUAUUAAUCAUAGUUUUGGUUGCUGUUUGGA